GCAGAACCUUCUGGGAGAGGGCUGCGACUGUUCCUUCUUCCUCAUGAGUGCACCUGGUUGGGUUGCACCAUCUUCCUGACUCCUUUAAGCUGGAGGCUGCCUUCAAGGUCAUGGCUGUGCUGCUAGCCCCUGUACAGCUGCUAACAGUAGCAGUAACCAUUUACCUAGAGCUAGUGAAAUCCAUUCAGGGCGGUGUUUAUUAUGGGAUCAAGCAGCUGCCACCCCAAGUCCCACAGUAUCAGGCCCUCGGACAACAAGUACCUCACAUGCCAUUGGGCAAAGAAGGUGUUCCAAUGCAACAAAUGCAGCAAAUGCAACACAUGGGCAAGGAGGUGCCCCACAUGCAGUAUGGAAAAGAAUACCCUCACCUGCCUCAAUAUAUGAAAGAAAUACCACAGCUGCCACUGCUGGGCAAGGAGAUGGCUUCAAAGAAAGAAAAAGAAAUCCCUUUAGUCAAUUUGAGAGGUGAACAAGGUCCCCCUGGUGAGCCUGGACCAAGAGGGCCACCAGGACCCCCGGGACUACCAGGCCAUGGAGUGCCAGGAGCCAAAGGAAAACCAGGUCCACAAGGAUAUCCAGGAAUUGGCAAGCCAGGAUUGCCCGGAAUGCCUGGAAAACCAGGAGUAAUGGGGCCCCCUGGGCCAAGAGGUGAGGUUGGACCAAAGGGAGAGAUUGGGCUUAUGGGAAUACCAGGACCACAAGGACCACCAGGACCUCACGGACUUCCUGGAUUAGGAAAACCAGGAGCCCCAGGAUUACCAGGAAAACAGGGACCAAAGGGUGAACCUGGAAUGAAAGGACCACCAGGAGCUCCUGGGAUUCCAGGACCUAAAGGAGAAAAGGGCAUUGGGAUUCCAGGUUUACCAGGAUUAAAAGGUCCACCUGGAUUACCUGGACCCCCAGGAGCAGUUGGCCUUCCAGGCAUAGGAAAACAAGGAAUGAUUGGGUUUCCGGGACCACAGGGCCCUAUAGGUAAACCUGGACCUCCAGGUGAACAAGGGCCACAAGGCCUUCCUGGUGUACCAGGGAUUCAAGGUCCACCUGGCCUUCCAGGGGUUGGGAAACCAGGCCAAGAUGGAAUCCCAGGCCAGCCUGGAUUCCCAGGUGGGAAAGGUGAACAAGGCUUGCCAGGUUUACCAGGACCACCUGGCUUGCCAGGAGUCGGUAAACCAGGUUUUCCUGGACCUAAAGGUGAUCGUGGCAUGGGUGGUCUCCCUGGCCCACUUGGGCCUAAAGGUGAAAAGGGGCAUGUGGGGCCUCCUGGCAUGGGUGGGCCUCCUGGGGAGCCAGGCCAGCCUGGAUUACCAGGAGUAAUGGGGCCCCCUGGUGUCACUGGAUUCCCAGGACCAAAAGGAGAAGGUGGAGCUGUAGGGCCUCAAGGCCCUAUUGGUCCCAAAGGUGAACCAGGCCUACAGGGCUUCCCAGGAAAGCCAGGUUUCCCUGGGGAAGUGGGACCUCCAGGUCUGAGGGGGCUUCCUGGUCCAAUAGGGCCAAAGGGAGAAGCUGGCCACAAAGGUUUACCAGGUCUGCCUGGUGUUCCAGGGCUUAUAGGCCCUAAAGGAGAGCCUGGAAUCCAUGGUGCUCAGGGUCACCAAGGUCCAUCUGGAAUCCCGGGUAUUGCAGGACCCAGUGGUCCAAUUGGACCCCCUGGACUUCCAGGGCCUAAGGGAGAACCAGGUUUACCAGGCCCACCAGGCUUUCCAGGAAUCGGGAAACCUGGUGUUGCAGGCCUCCAAGGACCACCAGGAAAGCCUGGGGCCCUUGGACCCCCUGGCCAGCCUGGAUUCCAAGGUCCCCCAGGGCCCCCAGGUCCUCCUGGUCCUCCAGUAGUCAUCCCACCCACCCCACCAGCCAUUGGACAAUAUUUGCCGGAGGUGGGGCCAGGCCUAGAUGGAGUGAAGACCCCAACUGGCUAUAUGGGCAAGAAAGGCAAGAACGGUGCUGCUGUCUAUGAAAUGCCUGCCUUCACAGCAGAGCUCCUCACACCUUUCCCACGGGUUGGGGUGCCUGUGAAAUUUGACAAGCUCCUCUACAAUGGCAGGCAGAACUAUAACCCACAGACAGGGAUCUUCACUUGCGAGAUCCCAGGAAUUUACUACUUCGCUUACCAUGUUCACUGUAAAGGGGCCAGUGUCUGGGUGGCUUUGUUCAAGAACAAUGAGCCGCUGAUGUACACGUAUGACGAGUACAAAAAGGGCUUCCUGGACCAAGCUUCUGGAAGUGCUGUCGUUCCGCUCAUGCAUGGAGACAAAGUUUACGUCCAGAUGCCAUCUGAACAGGCAGCAGGACUCUAUGCUGGGCAGUAUGUUCACUCAUCUUUUUCAGGGUAUUUAUUGUAUCCCAUGUAAAGCAAAAAACACACAAAACCUAAACUUUUCUCUCUGCUUCAAACUUUUAUACCAUUGAAAGAUGCAUUUAAAUGACUGUUUUGGACCACCUUAUACAAAAAAGCAAAAAACAAACAAAAAAAAACAAAAACAAAAAGUACAAAGUUUAACAUUAUGCACAGCUAGUUAUGAAAUGGUGUAGUGAACAUAUUUAAUAAUGUGUAUCAGGUUCAUUACAGUUGUUUUGUACCCAAUGGGGACGUAUUAGCUGUACAUUAUAUAUUUCUGUGAUACCAUGCUUACUUCAUUUCAUUUACAGUAACGCAGUAGUAAGGUUCAAAUCUAGCAUAUAUCACUCACUCCUGUUGCCUACUUACAUGAAACAAUGAUCUAAAAUAUGAGAUGAAGAAUAACUUAAAACAGAAUGAGUCAGUAUGAAAUAUAAUAUAUAAUUAUAUAAAGUUUGAGUGAACUUUUUUUUCUAAAACAGGGUUUAUCUAUCUACACCAUAAGCGGCGACACUUCUAGCCUGAAAUCUUUAUUUUCCCUAAUGUAAAAUAUCAGUUUUAUAUGUUCCAUAAGUAUGAGUCUACUCGAUUUGUAAUUGUGUAUAUUUUGCAGAAACCAUGAAAUCUGGUAUUAUCCACAAAAUCAACGUAAAUAAAAUGCUGGCUCCCCGGGGGAACCAGUGGUCCUUGCUGCUGUAGCCCACAUAGGGGGAACUCAGCAGCAGGUGGGACUGCACAAAAGGCAGUGUACAAGAUGAUGGCCGCCCCCUCGUCCUUCCUUCUUAUGUUGGGGCCUCUCUGACAACCAGUACUGAGGGACAGGGCUGGUGGAGGACAUCCGGGAAAUAUCCAAACUAUUUACUCUUUAUGUCAUGACCAACCCAUGAAAAUUGUUUAGUCUCAUUGCCAUUUAAGUCCUGUUAGGUCCCUAUAUACAAGAUGAGACAGGACAUUAGUACAGGGUAGCUUUAAUUAUUGCUAAAUGAGCCCAUUUUUCAACACUCACUAGAAUUGAAGGGAGUCUUCUAUUGCCUUCCAUAGGCACGGGAUAAACCCCUCAAAUGCCAAAGCAUUGAAGAAGCCACCAUAUGCAUUUGCUAAGUGAAAGAUGGAUAAAAUUAAUCUCAGACAUGGUUCCAGUCCAGUGACUUCAUGCAUCUGUUAUGCCAAAGGUAGCAUUUUGGCCACACUGUAGCAUUUUGGCCGAUUCUUGUCAGUGCAGCAGACUCGUAUCUAUAUACUCAUGUUUCCAGACUCAUGCUCAGAACCUGUGUUCUGUUUGGCUUCAGCAGUAUGUUCUUGUUAUUUGGUUCAUCCAAACUUACACCAGUUUAUGAGCAAAUGAACAACAAGGUGCUGCUGCUGUGUCUACUAAAGAAAAAAAGUGAAUAAAUGGGCUUGAAGUGGUCCAGUAAUUAUAUCAAUAAUAAGGUUCAAGCAAACAGAUUUGAAAAAUUUCAUUUCACAUAAUAAUUUCCAGCCCUUGUUAUUUAUUUUCAUUGUGGAUCAUCUAAGUUGGUGUCAAACAUAGGUUUCAAACUUGUGUAUAUGUGGGGAAAGCAACUUUUUGCAAGUUACUGUCUGUUAAGCAAUAAUGCUAGUUUCACAGCAAAAAAAAGUUAAUUGCUAGGAUUAAUUUAAAAAUAAUAGUGUCCUCUGUGUUUCCCUUUUCAAUGCUGCACAUCACACUAUGACAUGAGUUAAAAAGCAGGUUGAACACUUUUCACUUUUGUUUUGGCUAAGGCUAACACAUUUAAUUCAAAAUGAAGUAGGAUCUUCCAUUGAAAAAAUGGAUUUAACUGGCAUUACCAUUAUUUAAAUACCGAAUUUAAUGCAGCAUAACCAUCCACAAAAGACUCAGAUGACAGUAGUGAGGUGUUCAGUCUCAGAUAUUUUAUAGAAUGUUGGCAGCAAUGGACAGUUUACCAGCCAUUGAUAACUUGGUAUGUUUCCAGGAUAUAUAUGAGACAUGUCAACAGCAAAUAAUUUUUGUAUUUAAGAUUUUUGUACUGAUUUGAAAAAGUAUC